GCCCGCGGCCAAGUGCGCGGGGGCGGAGCGGCGGCGCCGGCCCGAGGAGCCGCAGAGAGCGCUGGCCCGGCGGCCCGCGGGGAUGCUGCGCUACAGCUCGGGACUCACGGUGACCGCCACCACUCCCCGGAGGCCGCCCGGCGACGGCGGCCGCUCCCGGCGGAAGAUGAAUGUGUGUAGGCUACGCUUAACAGUGCCACCUGACGAAGUGUCACAGCCUGAACAGGGACCAAAGGAAACGGAGAGAAAGAAAAGUGAGCUCUACCAUGUACCAAAUGGGAUGUCUCCAGGGAAGCUCUCUCAUGGGAUGGUGUAUGGUGUUGUGCACCGAACUGACAACAACCAUAAGAGAGAAAUGGUGGUUUAUGGCUGGUCAGCUGAUCAGCUGAAAGAGGAGAUGAAUUACAUUAAAGAAGUGAGAGCAACUCUGGAAAAAGUAAGAAAGAAAAUGUAUGGUGAAUAUGAUGAAAUGAAACGAAAAAUACAGCAGCUUACAAAUGAACUGAAAGUGACAAAUGCUCAUCAGGAAUCCUUAGAGAAUCAUGUGCGAGUGCAGGCUGCAGCCUUAGAUAGCUUUAGCGAAAUGAACAGCUCCUUGACAUCAGCAUCAAUAGACUUGCAGAAAACUCUAGUGGAUGUUACAUUGGAGAACACAGACAUAAGGGAACAAAUAAGGAAUUUAAAACAUACACACGAGCAAUCUAUGGAAAAGCUGAGAGAGAAGCAAAAGCAACUGGAAACAGCACAAAUUGAAAAUCAGUUACUGAAGUUAAAGGUGGAAUCAUCACAGGAAGCCAAUGCUGAAGUCAUGAGAGAGAUGACCAGAAAGCUGUAUAGUCAGUAUGAGGAAAAAAUGCGAGAGGAGGAACAGAAACACAAGGCUGAGAAAGAAAUGCUCCUGGAGGAAACAAAUCGGCUUCUGAAGGCUAUUGAAGAGGCAAACAAGAAGAUGCAGGUUACAGAAACAACCAUACAGGAGAAAGACCAGAGAAUUGGUGAGCUGGACCGGCUGAUUGAACGCAUGGAAGAGGAACGUCACCAGCUGCAAAAACAACUUGAAUUAAAUGAACUACAAAUAUCUGGAGCAAAAUCUGAAAACAACUCUGACAGUGAAAGGUCACAGCAUUUGGAGGAGGUAGCAGCCAGCUUGAGAGAGCGGAUCAAGCAUCUGGAUGACAUGGUCCACUGCCAGCAGAAGAAAGUCAAGCAUAUGGUUGAGGAGAUUGAAAUGCUAAGGAAGAAAGUAAAAGAAAAGGAAUUAUUUAUAAUACAGCUUUUAGACAAAAUCUCUUUCUUAGAAUGUGAGAAUAAAGAAUUGCAAGAUAAACUGGACUACUUAAUGGAAAACCAACAAAAGACCAAUAUAGAGACCAGAGAUACUGGUGUAGAAUGUGAUCUUCCAUACAGGAAGUUCAUUGCUAGGCUUCCAGAUAAGGGUAAGAAGAUCUCUGAUUUUGCUGAAAAGCUGAAGCUUGCCAUUUCCCAAGAGGAAGAAGUAGCCCGGACAGCUGAGCUGUUAUCUGCUGUCAGGUUGGAGUUUCAGGCAAAACAGGAGGAGAUUAACACAGGCAAAUGGGAAGCUGUCCUAACUGAGGACACAGUGAACAGUGCAGAUUCCUCAGUCAUUAAUGAAAACUCUAAGGACAUUUCUGUCACUUCUGCUGAAAGGCAGGAGGCAGAAUGUAUUGAAGAAGAUACCACAAAUACACCUUUGGAAAAUCAAAGGACUCAGAGGAAAAAUAAUAAAGUAAAGACUGUUACAAAGGAUCAGAAUAGUUUUUGUGAAGAUGUCUCCAAGUCAGCCGCAAGCAAUCACCUGAACAACGAUCAGCAAGUGUCCCAGAGCAAUACUGAGGAUGGGACAGAAAGUACAGCUGCUUUGGACAGUAGUAAAGCCUUGGUUGAUGCCUUUCAAAGAGUUACAAUUGCAGAUGGGGAAAACAGUGAAAAAAUAUUGGAAAAAGAGCAGGACGUGGCAAAACACAAGGGCAAUGUAUUUGGAAGCCAUCAUCCCAAGACACCACAUUAUAUUGAAGUUCUAGAGGCCAGAGCCAAGAAUCCAAUCAUAAAAAAACCCAAAUUUAAAACAAACGCACUAUCAGGAGAGCAGAGUGGAUCAUCUCAUGGUUCCUCAUGCAGUCGAUCACCGGGGGGAUUUGGCUCUCCAGUUCCUCCAGAAGAGAGAAGACUCAGAGAUAGGAAACAUUUGGAUGACAUCACAGCAGCUCGACUGCCACCACUCCACCACUCCCCUGCCAAGCUGUUAUCCAUAGAGGAAUCCAUAGCAAUUCAGAUACAGCAAAAAGAGGCUUAUGAGGAAAUGCAAGCCAAGCUUGCAGCACAGAAGCUUGCAGAGAGACUGAAUAUAAAAAUGCUCAGGUUUGAACCAGAGGGGGAGGCCUCAAUGCAGUACAGAGAAGUGAGAGAUGAAGAUUAUUUUUCAGCAGAAGACUGAAUGCAUGGAAGGGUGUCUGUGGAUGAGCUGUGAACUUUAUGCAGUACUUCUUGAAACCCAAACCUGAAUAUUGAGAAUGCUUCAUAUAGUCAGUUUUUUCUUAAAAUUUUCACAUGACAGCUCCAGAAAGGGUUCAGUGUAGACAUCAUAAAUACACAUGUCACAAUUAUUUAUCAGUCUUCUUUGGGGACUGUUUUUUGAACACUUGGGGCAGUUAAUUCUUGUGGAAUGCCCCACAGUUCUCAGCUUUAGCAAAGUAAGCUCUCUAAUACAGUUUUGCAGACUAGGAUGGAUCAGCUAUAAAAGAAAGUUUCUUUUGUGCAGAAAUGUGAUUGCAAAGGGCUUUGGCACAAAACAUGUCCAUAAAGAAAGCUGAGGUGCCUGUGAACUGCUCACACGUAUGAAAGCUCUUGUCUUGGAUAAAUGAGCUACUUCUUUUACCUAUUUAAUAUUACCUUUCAUGGUAUGGUGAAAAUACCUGCCCAGAGAGUUACAGUAAAUCUUUAGGCUGUAAGGUAACUUCUUACCACAUGAGAACUUGCUUCUCUGCCUGCACCUUAAAAUAACACUUGCUGCCCUUAUGUUGUAAAUAGGAAAAAAUUUAAAGUUAUUUUGUAACUCAAAUUCUGUUUGGGCUUUAAGGGGCUCUGCUGUUUGGUGUUUGGUUAUUAUGGCAAAGCACAUCAAGAGAUCAAGUUCAUCUGAAGACUUUAUUUUUAUUAAAGAUUUUUAUGUUUUUCUGUAUUUUUAUACACUGUGUUCAUACUUGGGAUGUACUGUUUUUCAUAGUCCAAUACUGUAAAUUAAGAGAUCCACCCUCUGGUUUUCUUGGAGGAAGUGUUGUGUGUAUUUUUAAGUUUUGGCUGUUAUUUGAAGACAAAAAAAACAACCUUCCUUACAUGACCAUGAAUAUGAAAAUAUGAAUUUUAAAGUAAGGAACACAUCUGAAAAGUAUUUCACAAUGGUAUUUUCACUGUGGACUAGGAUUUUCUGAGCCUAAUUUGAGUUCAGUUCCUUAUAACAAACCUCAGAGAUUCCUUGUAUAGGCUGGCAACCUGUUUUCCAAGAUGUUGCCACAGCUGUGUGUGCAGGGCUGUCCCUGGAUGUUCCUGCAGGAAUGAUGUCUUUGGAAACCAAGGCUGCUCCAGCUGCAAGACAUUGAAAAGGCUGCAUGGAAUGAAAAUGUGGGAGGAAGGUCUCAGUCACUUCUUGAGUGCAGGCAGCACUUCCCUAGCAGGCAGGAACUCUCUCCCAAGUGCUCCACAAGCCCUCCUGGGCAGUCCCUGUGGCACAGUCCAUACCCUGGCACUGCAGUUGGACAAAUGGAACUGCUGCUAAGCUACUUGUGAUAUUUUUUGAGUAGGUCAUCUCUUGCUCUUUCCUGAACCCUUUCCUCUUGCAGCCUUCUGGUUCUCAUUGUCCAUUGGCUUCUCAUCAGCUGUUCUUCCCUUUUCUCCUUAGGCUUACCUGCUGUCACUAAACCCAAUAUUCUGCCUCCCUGCGCCACCCAUUCCCUUUCCAAUGACAUUCUGCUCUGUGUGUCUGUGUUUGACUCCUGCCAUGUGUCAUGCAUCUUCCUGCCACUGCUAUCUUACCUUGCUUUCUGGAACUCCAUCUAAAUACCAGCUGUGCACCUUCUACCGUGCCUCAGUCCUUUGAAUACCUCACAGAGACCUCAAUAUCUUUGUAGUUUUGCCAUGACUGCUCUCCUGAGUCUUUCCUUAUUUCCUGAUUUGAUUUCAGACUGUCCAGGUCUUUGUCAUUUCCAGGCCUUCUCACCUUUGUACCUUCUUUUCAUACUUAGGGUUUUUUUCCUCCUCUCUUGCCUGUGCUCCUUCUUCAUCCUCCCAGCUUCUCACCAUCACUUGCCUUUGUCAGCACAAUUCUUUGGCUUGUUUUCAGCCAUUUUUAUUGAUCCCUCAGCAUCCCUGUUGACGACCCAGUGGAUCUCAGCUGUGUCUAUUUCUGUUCGGCACGUGGCUCUGACUCACAGGCCAGAGGAGUGAUCUCGUGUGGGUGCAGCUCAUCUCUCAGAUCAGUGCUUUCCAUGCUGCCACCUGCUUGUCCAGCUGCAUCUUUCCAUCAGCCCUCCCAUUACUGCAGUUUGUACUGCUCAAGGACAAGCAGCCUCAGAAUUGUAUUGCCUUUCCUUUUGCUGUUUCAUGAAACAUAAAUUGCCACUUGCAUGCUGUUUGGUAUCCUUGCCCUUAUCCUGUACUGUCUGUGCUGUCACACCUCUGUGAGAUGCUCUGUGUGUGUUUUUUCUCUGCUGGCUUUUCUGUGCUGAAGGAAUUCACACAAAGCUAUGCAGUUAGGGACUUGUUUUCUAGAGUACUGAAAUUAACUCUACCUAGGCUUCUGCUGAGCACACACUUCUGCUAACUAAAACAACUCCUUUUUUUUUUUUUUUUUUUGUGCUAUUAACACAUACUUUUGCUCUCUAAACUUUGUAAAUCAGAGGCAGUUUUCUUGACCUUAUAGCAUUCAACAUGUUGGGCUUUUGCCAAAAUGAUCCCUGAAUGGCAAACUUCCCCUUUAAGGGGAGGUAGGGUGGGGUGGCAAUCACUGUGGUAACAGGUGAAGUUCAUUAUGUGCUCGUUAAACUAUCAGCACCUGGACAGUGCAGUUUUGGGGAGCUCCUGAGGAGAGUCUUGUGUGAAUACCAAACCAAGCUCAAGGUAUGAAUUUUAAUUUUUUUAUUUUAAAGUUUGCAAAACCUAGAAGCUUUCUUGGGGACUGUUGCUUCUGAGCAGAGGCAUGAACUUUGAAUUAAGAUUCUGUGAAUGAUAAGAAAGCAAAAUCAGGUUUAAGGAGUCCUGUGCUGAGGAUGUGCAAUCCUGAAGUCUGUGAAAGGUUAGAGCAUGAGAGGAUCAUGAAAGGAUUUGCUGGAUAAUGAAAGGAUGACUCAUUAAAUGGUUUAGUCACAUUGAAAAAAAAUUCAGAUUUCCCACUUCCAGAUCAUGUCAAAAUGUAUAUUGAGAGCUGAGGAGCUUGUUCUCUGUUUUGAGAAUGGACUGCUGUAUUGGAAUGGGUUGUUAACACAGUAAAAAUAAAGAAUGGAUAAUAUA